AUGGAACAAAUAUGUUUUCUUCUUCUAAUAAGUAAAAUUCUUUUAGCUGGUGCACAGUUUAAUGGAUACAACUGUGAUGCUACCUAUCACAGUAGAUUUCCUGCUGAACGAGACAUCAGUGUCUAUUGUGGAGUGCAAACCAUAACACUGAAGAUUAAUUUCUGUCCAGUUCUUUUCUCUGGAUAUUCUGAAGCUGAUCUGGCGCUGAACGGCAGACAUGGAGAUGUGCACUGCAGGGGAUUCAUAAAUAACAACACCUUUCCUACAGUGGUGAUUUUCACUAUCAGCCUUAGCACCUUGGAAUCAUGUGGAAAUGGCUUGGUGGUGUCUUCGGUCCAAGGUGUUACUGCUUAUGGGAACUUAUCCUCAGUACAGAUCGGGAAUAUUUCAGGAUUCAUUGACACUCCAGAUCCUCCCACAAUAAUCAGCUAUCUCCCUGGACUUCUGUAUAAAUUCAGCUGCAGUUACCCCUUAGAGUAUCUGGUCAACAACACACAGCUUGCUUCAUCAUCAGCUGCUAUUUCUGUCAAGGACAAUAAUGGUUCAUUUUUAAGCACUUUGAGUUUACUCUUGUAUAACGACUCAACAUAUGUACAACCAUUGGCCAUACCUAAUGCAGGACUACCUUUAAAGACAAAGGUUUAUGCUGCUGUUAGAGCCACAAAUCUGGAUGGAAGAUGGAAUGUUUUGAUGGAUUACUGUUAUACAACCCCUUCUGGAAACCCAAGUGAUGAAAUCAGAUAUGAUCUCUUUUUUAGCUGUGACAAAGACCCUCAAACGACAGUCAUAGAAAAUGGAAAGAGUCAAAUGGGCAGAUUUUCCUUUGAAGUUUUCCGGUUUGUGAAGCACAAAAACCAGAAAAUGUCAACAGUAUUUCUCCACUGUGUGACCAAGCUUUGCAAAUCAGAUGACUGCCCUCUACUUAUGCCGGUUUGUGGAAAAAGAAAACGAAGAGACCUUCUAGAGAGCACAACAACUGCUCCCCAAGGUGCCUCUGGAAAUGCUGUUAUUACUGCUGGUCCUAUCAUCACUAGGAGUGAUGAAACCCCAACAAAUAACUCUCAGUUAGCACAGCUCAAUGGACCUGCCUUCCAGAUAAAUUCAGUUACAAGUGCACUGAUUUCUGGGAUAAUCAUUUUGGGUGUCAUGAGUUUAUGUUUCUUCAUCUUUGCCCUUUCUCUCCUAAAAAGAAAGCAGCACAAUAAUCCAGUGCUUGCAGGGAUUAGUCGGAAUCCUGUUUUUAACUGAUCGAUGAUAAAUUUGUCUUUUGUUGCUUCCAUUUCUAAGAAUUUG